UUUCUUUAUCAGGCUAUAGUAACAAUGUUGGCAUAUGGACGAACCGGAACCGUCUAUUGCACAACGAUACGCAAAAUUGAAUCACGGCAAGGUUUCGUGAGAGGUCUCGUAUAUUUGAUUUUUUUAUACAUCACAAACACGCAAUUAAAGAUAAACGAGAAACAAUAAUAGAGCGGCUAUCUUUACUUUGAAAGAAAUAGCAAAAAUAUGAGUGAAAAAGAUAUCACGAUUUCGAUAAUUCGAAUGGAGAAACUUUUGACUGGAAUUUCUAGCAAGUUAGAAGAAUCGAUUAAAAAACGUGGUAUUCAACCUUUGCCGUUGCUUCAAGAAAUCAUUAAUCUCAUUGAGCUUUUCAAAAAAUUUGUUAUAUCUCGAAUGAAAAGGACUAUUCAAGUAGAAUGUAUGCAUGGUAUCAAUUUGCACGAAUGCCGAACAAAAAUAGCGGAAACUUUAUCGGAACUUGAAGUUUUGCAGAAAAUAUCUGAUGAACAAAACUCGAAUUUCGAAAUUUUUCUAAGAGAUAUCGUUGUCUGUGUAAACGACGAGGAAGAAAUAAUGAAAAACAUCCAAAAAACAUCAGAAGUAGAAAUACCAAGAGAAAUGGAGGAAUCAAUGCAAAAGAUGUUAAUUAUAGGAGAACAAGAAGAAACGCGAAAAAAGUUAUUGGAAUCUGAAAUAGAUUUGGCAAAACGCAGAUUACACGACGUCAUAGAGUUUAAUGCGGUGACCGAAAAGAAACUUUUUGAUAUGUGCGCCAAUGUCGAGCAGAAACACAUAAAUCUUCUCGCUAAAUACGAUCGCGAUAUUGGCGCAUUCCAUGCUUUGACGGAGAAAUUGUCGAAGGACAAGGAAGUUAUUAAAGUAGAAACGAAAAAUAUGGAGGAUCAAUUGAGCGUACAACGAGUGUUAUACAUUCGAUUAAAAAAGGAACGAGAAAUUGCUCUGAUGAUAACCUUUACCGAGAAAUUGGAUUUAUUUACACGAAAUCAUGCCGCCAAAAUUAUUCAAAGAAUAUGGAGAGCAUAUCAUGAGCGUAUUACUGUAAGGAAACGAAGGAAAACGAGGAGAAAAUAAUUAACUUUAUUAACUAUUACUAACUAACUGCUUUACAAAUUAUGUUGACAAAGCAUAGCCGCUCCUCGUAAGAUCCAAUGCUCGGACGACUUAAUUGUAGGCAACCAGAUAGCUAUAACGAAGUUCGUGGAAUGACCCGUAGUGGACAGCACUCCG